AUGGGCAGAGCUGAAAAACUUUCCAACCUCAGCCAUGCAGAGCUGAUGAUGAUGACGAUAGCUGACAUCAUAAAGCAAUUAAUUGAGGCUCACGAGCAGGGGAAAGAUGUGAAUCUGAACAAGCUGAAAACCAAGACGUCAGCAAAGUAUGGACUUGCAGCGCAGCCCCGUUUGGUCGAUAUUAUCGCGGCCGUCCCACCCCAGUACCGCAAGGUGCUGGUACCGAAGCUGAAGGCCAAGCCCAUCAGAACUGCCAGCGGGAUCGCUGUCGUGGCAGUGAUGUGUAAACCACACAGGUGUCCGCACAUCAACUUUACAGGCAACAUAUGUGUAUACUGCCCAGGUGGACCUGAUUCUGAUUUUGAAUAUUCGACACAGUCCUACACCGGAUACGAGCCAACAUCCAUGAGGGCCAUUCGGGCUAGAUACGACCCCUACCUCCAGACAAGACACCGAGUGGAACAGCUGAAGCAGUUGGGCCACAGCGUGGAUAAAGUAGAAUUCAUUGUGAUGGGUGGAACAUUCAUGGCCCUGCCUGAAGACUACAGAGAUUACUUCAUCAGAAACCUCCACGAUGCCUUAUCAGGUCACACUUCCAAUAAUGUAGCAGAGGCUGUCAGGUAUUCAGAACGAAGCCUGACAAAAUGUGUUGGGAUAACAAUAGAGACCAGACCCGAUUACUGCCUGAAGCGGCAUCUGAGUGACAUGUUAUCCUACGGCUGUACGAGGCUGGAGAUCGGGGUGCAGAGCGUGUACGAGGACGUGGCCAGGGACACCAACAGAGGUCACACCGUGAAGGCUGUGUGCGAGUCGUUCCACUUAGCCAAGGACGCCGGCUUUAAAGUGGUGGCACACAUGAUGCCUGAUCUUCCAAACAUGGGGCUUGAAAGGGACAUGGACCAGUUUGUUGAGUUUUUUGAGAACCCUGCUUUUCGCCCAGACGGUAUGAAGCUCUACCCAACACUAGUGAUCCGUGGCACUGGUCUGUACGAGCUCUGGAAGACUGGAAGAUACAAGAGCUACCCGCCCAGCACUCUUGUGGAUCUGGUGGCCAGAAUCCUGGCCCUCGUCCCACCGUGGACACGUGUCUACCGUGUUCAGAGAGAUAUCCCAAUGCCACUGGUCAGCUCUGGAGUGGAGCACGGGAACCUGAGAGAGCUUGCCUUGGCCAGGAUGAAAGAUCUUGGGACACAGUGUCGUGAUGUAAGGACAAGAGAAGUUGGAAUUCAAGAAAUACACCAUAAAGUGAGACCAUAUCAGAUUGAAUUAGUCAGAAGAGAUUAUGUUGCUAAUGGUGGCUGGGAGACCUUCCUGUCCUAUGAAGAUCCGGAGCAGGAUAUUCUUGUUGGCCUUCUACGACUGCGGAAGUGUUCGGAGGAGUCGUUCAGACCUGAGCUGAAAGGAGGUGUUUCCAUUGUCCGGGAACUGCACGUGUACGGGAGCGUGGUCCCCGUCAGCAGUCGGGAUCCUUCCAAAUUUCAGCACCAGGGAUUUGGUAUGUUACUAAUGGAGGAGGCAGAAAGAAUAGCCAAGGAGGAGCACGGGUCAUGGAAAAUUGCUGUAAUUUCAGGUGUUGGUACAAGGAACUACUACAGGAAGAUUGGCUAUGAGCUGGAGGGGCCCUACAUGGUGAAGAAGCUGGAGUGA